AUGAAAAGAAAGUUUAAGAUAGAGGAUAUAGAUGAAUAUCAAACAAAGAGUAGUUUGAAUCAGUUGUAUAAAGCUGAUUUAAUACAAAUAUGUCAAGCUUUAGAGAUCAGUACAAUCAAUACAAAGGAAACUAAACCGUUCAUCAUCGAUCAAAUAGUUAAUCAUUAUAAUAAUAAUAAUAAUAAUAGUAAUCAAAUUGAUAAAGAUGGUGGUGACGAUGCAGAGAUAGAACAACAACAACAAGAGAAAAAUAUAAUAUAUACAGAAGAAGAGUUAUCAAGUUUGAGCAAGAAAAAAAUUGGUUUAAUAUGCAAAGAUUUAAAGAUAGAGUAUAGAGAGUCAGAUUUAAAAAAGACAUUGAUUCAAUAUAUAAUGGUACAUCAAAAGACUAGAGAUACACCAUCAUCGUUGAGUGGUGGAUACUCGUUACCUUGGGUAAUCAUCGCUCGUAUUCUCACACAGGCUUGGAAUGAUGCAAAGUAUUGUACUUGUAUCUAUCAUCAAUCGGUACUAGAUUUACAACUGAUUCUAAAUCGUUAUUUAACCUCCUCAAGUGAUGCCUGUUCAUUCAAUAUUCUUGCCAAACAAUUCAACUCUAAAACCAGUCAGUUUACAGAUCUAACCAAAUCCAACAAUCAACGCUGUCCACAACAUGCAAUGUACUAUAGAGAUGAUUCAUUGUAUCAUCCAUGGGCUCAAUCAAUGCAUUUAAACAGUGAUAUCCAUCUAACCGAAGUACAAUGGAAGCUGUCGAUGCUGACCAUCUCCAAAAAGGUAUUCCAUCAUCUCUCAACUACAAUCUCUCGUACUUUUACUCUUCCACUAAAAGAUCAAGGUACACCUCGACCAGCAUUUGAAAAGUCAGUUUGGAGUCAUAUCAACAACCAAUACAAUGGAAUCAAAGUUGCAAAUAGAAUCUAUGUUCCACCAUCCAAUCAAGUUAAUAUGACACUUGUCAAUAACCUUGAAAAACUAGACAACCUCCAAUCGAUUGUAUUCUACGGAUACAAUAAUCCAUCCAUCUCGACAUUUAAGAAUCUCACCUCCAUCUCUUUGGACUGUGACUUUAGUGGCCACCACACUGAAGAAUUGAUCAAGUCAUUGGAUCGUCCAAUGAAAAAGUUACUCUUUGCCAUUCCUUUAGAGAUUUUAAAAGUAAAAGAUAUUGUACUUGGGUCUUUACAAGUUGUCAGAUUGGAUGUCAAGACUUGCAACAAAUUAUUUCAAAACAAAACGACAACAAUGCUACCCAAACUAAGACAUGUACAUAUCCUAUUUUUAGGGGGUGCCAAUGACAAUUGUACCAACUUUCUACCAGAUAGAGUCAAGACAGUGACAGCUACAAAGGCUUCGACAGCCACGGAAGAAUUGUAUUGGAGAUUUCUAGAGAGUAAUCCACAUGUCAAAAGUCUAAGAUUAACAUUUGUAUUUCAAAGGGAGAUGUUCAAAAUGAUUGAAACAAUAUCUAAUCGUCUUCGACAAUCGAAUCUUUCAAGAAUAAUGGCUCAAUCAGAGAUAAAUGAUCAACAUAAUAAUCAAAUCAUUAAUAAUAUAAAUAAUGAUAAUGAUAAUAAUAAUAAUAAUAAUAAUAAUAAUAAUAAUAAUAAUAAUAAUAAUAAUAAUAAUAAUAAUAAUAAUAUUUCAACACCUCCUUUAUUACCAACAUUACCAAAUCAUAUUAUUAAUCAAAUCAUCAAAUUAUUAUGGAAUAGUAUCAAUAGAUGUAAUUGUGAUGACUCAAUUGCGAAAUUAUACUCUAACUCCAAGACAUCAUCAUAUUAUAGUUCAAAUGCCAAACGAGAUUGUCUACUUUUAAAAUCAAAAGUAGGUUUUAAAACCAUUCAAUCAAAUUGUCCUCAUCAUGGUUGGGUUGAUAGAUCAUCUAUUUUCUAUGCAUCAGCCAUCAAUACAUUUAAAUCAAAAAGUAUCUAUCAUUUGAGACUAUCAAAGUUAUCAAUCAUUUCUAAAUCAACUCGAUCUUUUGUAUUUGAAAAUCUAUUUACAAAGUUUGGUCAAAUCAUAACAAAAGAUCAAUUAUUGGAUUUCAAUAACAAACCAUUCAUCAAAACAAUUAAAAGAAUAUCAACUGGUGCAAGUCGAAACGAAGAUUUACAACGUCUACAAGAUGCAACAAACAUUCAAUUCGUUAUACUACCAACUUUGACACAUCCAAAUACAUUCAACAAUCUUAGAAAACUUAAUCUUGGUGCAUUGUUUGAAUUUGAUGAAAAAAAGUUGACAGAAUUUCUUCGCAUGUUAUCAAUACCAUUGGUCAAACUGAUACUUCCAGACUACACCAAACCAUCACUAUCAUUUUUGGCUCAUUAUGCAAGUUAUACAAUUAAACAAUCACUCGAAACACUUGAAGUAGAUGAAGAUUCAGAUCCAUCUAUAUUAAAAAAAUUCAAAAAUCUCAAACACCUCAUUGUUUUGGAACCAUAUAAUAGUCAACGAAAAGAAGGAAGUAUCUUCAAAACACCAUUUGUCUCUAGCGGAUUGACCAAACUAACCACCUAUGACAAAGAGAUAGCAAUUGAUUUCCUCAUUGCCAACCCGUCUAUUCAUACACUUGUCAUUAACAUUCCUCCAAGUACAUUCAUUCAUUACCCAGUCAUUCAACCACAUGGUACCAAACCAAAUGUCGAUGGAUUGGAUCAUAUCAAAACCUUUUAUUUUAUGGUUGAUUCUCGUUUGCCAUCAAUGUUUACUAUCAUUGAUAAAAAUCGAUUCAAUCAAUCGACCAUCUUAAAGAAAGUAAUGAAAAGAAAGUUUAAGAUAGAAGAUAUAGAUGAAUAUCAAACAAAGAGUAGUUUAGGUCAAUUAUAUAAAACUGAUUUAAAAGAAAUAUGUCAAGCGUUAAAGAUCGAUACAAUCACUGAAAAGGAAACUAAACCAUUCAUCAUCGAUCAGAUACUUAAUCAUUAUAAUAGUAAUAGCAAUAGUAAUAGAAUUAGAGAUAAAAAGUUGCUUCAAGAGAUACUAGGUAGUGAAGCAAAAGAAAAUAAUCAACGAUGCCCACAACAUGCAAUGUACUAUAGAGAUGAUUCAUUGUAUCAUCCAUGGGCUCACUCAAGGUUACAUAGUGAUAUCGAUCUCAUACUCGUAAAAUGGAAGAAGACUAGGUUGACCAUCUCCAAAAAGGUAUUCCAUCAUCUCUCAACUACCAUCUCUCGUACUUUUUCUCUACCACAGAGAGAUCAUGAGGUGCAACGAGCAGUAUUUGAAAAUUCUAUUUGGAGUCAUAUCAACAAUCAAUUCAAUGGAAUCAAAGUUACAAAUAGAAUCUAUGUCGCAAUAUGUAAUGAUUCAUACCAACAACCAUCAUCAACAAUUCAUUUAUAA